GGUCUCCGACACGUGCUCGACCGAGCAAAAAUUGGAUUACUGUAGUACUUACUGUGCUUCACAUGUGCUCGUACGUACGAUGUACCGUACGGUAAGAGUUACUACUAGAAAGCUUUAGAUGAGGAGGGUAACCUCAGGCCAAAAAACAUGGGAAUGAGUCGCCCCGCAUUUUUUAAUUCAUUGAUCAAUGAAUGAAAAAAAUAAAUAAAUGACUUCUUUUACGAAGUAGAAGUACAGUACGUACUGCGGAGUUGACCCAACGAGCUUGAGAGAUUGCAACUACAAAUUGCACAUUCCACUCUAUCCCCACUCCACGGCAUAAAAGUAAAUCGGCAUUGCAAACGACGGAAUAGUACCAUGUCCUUCGACAACAACGGGUAUGCGGCGAACAGUUAUGCAGCAGCAGCAACAGCCGGAUAUGGAUCCUAUAGUGGAGGCAGAGGCAUCGGCAGUAGUGCGGGUGUAGGCGGCCAGAACGCGGGCGACGUCGACUCGGGACUCCGCCGCCGUGGCAAUACGCACCUGAACGGAGGAUACAGCAACCAUCAUUACAACGGCGACUAUUACAACGGCGAUUAUGACGAUGAACGCAACAAGGGCAAAAAAUCGUCCACGGUGGAAAAACUCGAUUUUAUGUUUCCCAAGGUCGCGGAGGAAUUCACCGUCAAGACGCAAGGCGGCGGCAUGGCUACCCUGUUUGCCUAUGCACUGAUAUUAAUCCUGGUGACGACAGAGAUUUUCACCUGGAGGGAACAAAACCGGCUAGAGACCUCCACAGCGGUCGUUGAUACCUCGCUCGGGAAAAAAAUGCGGGUGAACAUGAAUAUAACGUUCCCCAGCCUGUGUUGCGAUGAUUUGCAUCUUGAUUCCAUCGACGUAGCAGGAGACUCGCAAAUCAACGUUGAAGAUACUCUCGUAAAGAAGAGGUUGCACAUGAACGGAAAAUUGUUUUCGCAGGAGGAAAUUAAAGCUGAAUUGAACAUGCACCACCAGGAGCAACUCCGAAAGCUCGAAAUCCUCAAAUCAAAGCUUCCAGCGGAUUAUUGCGGCCCGUGUUAUGGGGCACACGAGCGAGAAGACCAGUGUUGUGAUACCUGUGACGAUGUCAUCGAGGCCUACAAAAACAAAAAGUGGAAGACCGAUUUGCUCCAGUACACGUCGGAACAAUGUGUCCGAGAGGGGCGCGACAACGCAGAACCCAAAAAGAUGACCAAGGGACAGGGAUGCAACCUUUCCGGUUACAUGACACUGAACCGGGUAGCCGGAAACUUUCACAUUGCCAUGGGAGAGGGCAUCGAACGGGAUGGACGACACAUCCACACCUACAACCCCGAAGAUUCGAUCAAUUUCAAUGCAUCCCACAUUAUUCACCACCUCAGUUUCGGCGUGGAAGACGGACACGAACCCUUGAACGGGGCCACGAAAAUUGUCACCACCGAUACCGGAUCGACCGGCCUCUUUCAGUAUUUCAUCAAGAUUGUCCCAACAACGUACGUGGGGCACGGAGUAAAUUUCCCGGAAUUCGACCAAAAUCUGCCUUCUCUGUUCGAGGAAGCCGAGGAAUUCGCCAGUUCCGACCAUCGAAAAAUCGAAACCAAUCGUUAUUUCUUCACGGAGCGCUUCCGGCCCUUGAUGACCGAGCUCUUGGACGACGAAGACUAUAUGGACGACGAUAGCGGAAAGGCCGCCGCCGACACGGGAUACACCGGGGGGCACCACAACAAGAAGCACCAUUCGAAACAAAACAGCGUCCUUCCCGGGGUCUUCUUCAUUUACGAAAUUUAUCCCUUUGCUAUGGAAAUCAAACAAAACGAGGUCCCUUUCACGCACCUAUUGAUUCGGCUCAUGGCCACGAUUGGAGGUGUGUUUACCCUGGCGCGGUGGAUCGAUUCGGUCCUGAGCGAACGAAUGAGCGGCAACACUCGUGGUGACAUGAGGACGCCGACGAGGUUUAGCGUCAACACGUAGAAGCGAUUUUUUCCAGAACAUUGUUUAGAAAGAACUGCGUUGAAUCCAAGAAAUUGCUACUUCAUUUGAACAAAGGCUGCUAUUGUAC